UGGUUUUGGUGAUGUGUUGGUCUUGGCUGCGUCGACGUUAACGUUACUAGUUAGUGAAAUCGCUACUGUGGUGCACCAACGAACGUUUUUAUGUCUCUCUAAAUUAUGUCGAACACUGUCUGGGUAGAUUGAACAUUUAACUUUUGUUUGACGUGCGUAUAUACAUGACAUUGACGGUACUCGAUCGUUGUGUUCAACUGUCACCAGACACUGGCCAGAAAACAAUGUUAUGAUAUUGUUCAACGAGCGUAAGUGAGCAUUUCGCAAAUAUUCUUAGUUUCCAAUCAACAAUGUUCCGCAGCAAAUUCCGCCUCCAUACAUGCAAGAUCAUCAUAGCCACGUCGUUGCUUUGGAUAUUCAUCGACAUUGUGGUGUUGAUGUAUUACACCGACUGCAUUGGGCCCAACUGUAAAGCAAAGAGCACCGACAUAGACGAACCUUUUGACGCUACGGCCUCCGCAUCCAGGAUGGGUUGGGGAGGCCCAGUGCAGGAUAACAUGCUCCAACGUUUUAAAUAUAAUCACAAUGACGAAAACAAUAAUUCAACGUAUCCCAGUCACUUGUUGAAACAUUGGAAACCAAUGCCUCCUGUACGUGAAAAGCGAGGUAAGCCUGGCGAAGGAGGCCGUGGUGUUACAAUGAGACCAGAACAAGAUGCAAUUAUGAAAAAAAAAUUCAAGGAAAAUCAGUUCAAUAUAUUGGCAAGUGAUAUGAUUUCAUUGAAUCGCUCUUUACAAGACAUACGGCAAGCGGAUUGCAAAACAAAACAUUAUCCUACACUGAUGCCAACUACUUCUAUAGUGAUUGUAUUCCACAAUGAAGCCUGGUCAACUCUUUUGAGAACGGUUUGGAGUGUGAUUAAUCGAUCACCUCGAUCACUUUUAAAAGAAAUUUUGUUAGUUGAUGAUGCUAGUGACAGAGAAUUUCUAGGUAAAAAGUUAGAAGAUUAUGUAGCUACUCUUCCUGUAGAAACUAAAGUACUAAGAACAGAAAAACGUUCUGGAUUGAUAAGAGCUCGGUUAUUAGGUGCAAAACAUGUUACCGGUCAAGUGAUCACUUUUUUGGAUGCACAUUGUGAAUGUGCUGAAGGUUGGCUUGAACCUCUUUUAGCAAGGAUCGUAUUAAAUAGGAAAACUGUAGUUUGUCCAGUAAUUGAUGUUAUAUCUGAUGAUACAUUUGAAUAUGUCACCGCAUCAGAUAUGACUUGGGGUGGUUUUAAUUGGAAAUUGAAUUUUAGAUGGUACCGAGUCCCACAAAGAGAAAUGUCUCGACGAAACAAUGAUCGUACUGCACCAUUAAGAACUCCUACAAUGGCUGGUGGAUUAUUUUCUAUAGAUAAAGAUUAUUUUUAUGAAUUAGGUUCAUAUGAUGAAGGCAUGGAUAUUUGGGGUGGUGAGAAUCUAGAAAUGUCAUUCCGAAUUUGGAUGUGUGGUGGCACUUUGGAAAUAUCGCCGUGCUCGCACGUUGGUCAUGUUUUUCGCAAAUCCACACCUUAUACAUUCCCUGGUGGCACAUCACAUAUUGUCAACCACAACAAUGCGCGCCUCGCCGAAGUCUGGAUGGAUGAGUGGAAAAAUUUUUACUACGCCAUAAAUCCAGGUGCGUCUAAUGUAGAAGUUGGAGAUGUCUCUGAUCGUUUAGCAUUGAGAGAAAAAUUAAAAUGUAAAUCUUUUCGUUGGUACUUGGAAAACAUUUAUCCAGAGUCUCAAAUGCCACUUGAUUAUUAUUAUCUAGGAGAAAUUAAAAAUGUUGAGUCCCAACAAUGUCUUGAUACAAUGUCACGUAAAAGUGGUGAAAAAGCAGGCAUGAGUUAUUGUCAUGGUCUUGGCGGAAAUCAAGUUUUUGCAUAUACUAAGCGAUCACAAAUUAUGUCUGAUGAUAAUUGUUUAGACGCUUCCAAUAUAGUUGGGCCAGUAAGCCUAAUCAGAUGCCAUGGUCUUGAAGGAAAUCAAGCUUGGGUUUAUGAUUUAAAAGAAAUGACAAUAAAACAUAAAACUACUGAUCAAUGUCUGGAACAUUCAAUGUCUGCUGAUCAGUAUACUGCCAUAUUAAAUGAAUGUGAUGGAUCACGUAGCCAACAAUGGACAAUGAAAAGUAAUUUUCACUGGCAAGCUAGCUCAAGAUAACGUAAUCUAGUUAUUCUUUAUUUUAAUCAAGUGUUAUCUGUUUAUUUACUUGGGGAUCAAAGUAUUUACUUUUUCUGAACAAAUAAUUCUACUUAAUUGAAAUCUGAAAUACCACCAAACAAAAUAAAAAUAACUACUUAACUACAUGACAGUUAUAAAUAAUUAUCGUUCAAAAUAUAACUAGACUAU